GAAAAACUACUCACCAUCUUCUCAAGUCUUAACAGUUUACUUUGAACCAUUCCAAACCUCCCAACUGUUCCCCAACUCCCUCUCUUUUUAUUUCCAAGAAGCUCCCUUUUUAUUUUUCUUUCUCUUUCAUUUUCUCUACCAAACCCCAUCAACCGAACGAUUUCUUUUUUCUUGUUUUUUCUCUUUACUUCAAGGUAAUGCUGCUCGAGAUGAUUUCAAGGCCUCUGGAGAGGUGCUUUAAAGGUGGAGAUGGUGAGGAUGAGCUUUUAUGGCAUAUGGACUUGAAGCCUCAUGCUUCUGGGGAUUAUUCAAUUGCUGUUGUACAAGCUAACUCCUCCUUAGAAGACCAAGGGCAGGUUCUCACUUCUCCUUCUGCAACUUAUGUUGGUGUCUAUGAUGGCCAUGGUGGCCCUGAGGCUUCUCGGUUUAUUGCUCAUAAUCUUUUUCCUUUCCUCCAGAAGUUCGCAGCAGAGCAAGGUGGACUCUCAGCAGAAGUGAUAAGGAAGGCAUUUGAUGCAACAGAAGAUGAAUUCUUGCAUUUGGUAAAGCGAUUAUGGGCAGCUCAGCCUCAAAUUGCAUCCGUCGGCUCUUGUUGCCUAGUCGGCGCAAUAUCAAAUGGUGUUUUGUACGUGGCAAAUCUUGGGGACUCAAGGGCAGUGCUCGGCAAGAGAGUGUCUGAAGGCAAGACAAGUGGUGCAGUGGUGGCCGAACGCUUGUCUACUGAUCAUAAUGUCUGUGUUGAGGAGGUGAGAAAGGAGGUGGCAGCACUGCAUCCUGAUGAUUCACACAUUGUGGUUUAUACCCGUGGAGUUUGGAGAAUAAAGGGCAUAAUUCAGGUUUCAAGAUCAAUAGGAGAUGUCUAUUUAAAGAAACCCGAGUUCAACAAAGAUCCUCUUUUCCACCACAUUGGAUUACCAGUUCCAUUGAAAAGACCUGUGAUGACAGCAGAACCUUCCAUAUUGGUUCGACAGAUAAGGCCGCAAGACCUCUUCUUGAUAUUUGCUUCAGAUGGGCUUUGGGAGCAACUAAGUGAUGAAACAGCUGUAGAUAUAGUCUCAAAGAGCCCACGAACAGGGAUAGCUAGGAGAUUGGUAAGGGCUGCCCUGCAAGAGGCUGCAAGAAAAAGAGAAAUGAGAUACGACGACAUAAGAAGAAUCGAAAAAGGGGUGAGGCGCCAUUUCCACGAUGAUAUUACUGUGAUUGUUAUAUACCUUGAUCAUCCACCAGCUCCUUCCAAUGGUAAAUUCAAAAACCAAAGUGUUGUUGAAUGCACAAGUGCCCCUGCUGAUAUCUUCUCAUUAGGUGUAAAUGAAGGGUAAUGUUAGGUUCAUAUAAUUUCUCUCACUACAGGAAAUUGGUAAUACUAUCCCUGGUGAACAUAGAUAAUAAAUUACAGUUGCAUGACUCCUCUAUCUGAAAGGCAAUUCUUAUCUUAGACCUGAUUUAUAUGGACCCAUAGCCUAAAUACAUAGGUUUUGAUGUGGGUUUCACUAUAAUUUCAUAAUGCAGGUUCAUGUAAAUCCAGUCUAAGUAAGUUAGGAUGAAAUUGAAUUAAUAAAUCAGAAGUGGGGGAGGUUGUAUAUAGAUAGCUCCAUAUAGAUGAGCUGCUGCAUACAUAGUUCUCAGUUUUGUUUUGGAAUUGUAAACUAUUUUUGCUCUUUGUUUAUCAGAUGGAGUGCAGUUGAAAAAAAAAACUGUGAAAUUUGAUAUGUGGUAAACCAGUGCGCUAGUUUAAGAUGAUUCUCUCUGUUUCUUUAAUGUAUUUGUUAAGAGAAACACUUGAGGACUAGCAUGUAGUUUUUGUUAAUUUGAGGGGAAAAAAAGGGAAUUUUUCAUUUUUCUUUUUAAA